AUGUUCUACAGACAACAGCUACUCUCCACAAUGUUCUACAGACAACAGCUACGCUCCACAAUGUUCUACAGACAACAGCUACUCUACACAAUGUGAGGGGACAACAGCUACUCUCCACAAUGUUCUACAGACAACAGCUACUCUACACAAUGUGAGGGGACAACAGCUACUCUACACAAUGUGAGGGGACAACAGCUACUCUACACAAUGUUCUACAGACAACAGCUACUCUACACAAUGUUCUACAGACAACAGCUACUCUUCACAAUGUUCUACAGACAACAGCUACUCUACACAAUGUUCUACAGACAACAGCUACUCUCCACAAUGUUCUACAGACAAAAGCUACUCUCCACAAUGUUCUGCAGACAACAGCUACUCUCCACAAUGUUCUACAGACAACAGCUACUCUCCACAAUGUUCUACAGACAACAGCUACUCUCCACAAUGUUCUACAGACAACAGCUACUCUACACAAUGUGAGGGGACAACAGCUACUCUACACAAUGUGAGGGGACAACAGCUACUCUACACAAUGUUCUACAGACAACAGCUACUCUCCACAACGUUCUACAGACAACAGCUACUCUCCACAAUGUUCUACAGACAACAGCUACUCUCCACAAUGUUCUACAGACAACAGCUACUCUCCACAAUGUUCUACAGACAACAGCUACGCUCCACAAUGUUCUGCAGACAACAGCUACUCUCCACAAUGUGAGGGGACAACAGCUACUCUCCACAAUGUUCUACAGACAACAGCUACGCUCCACAAUGUUCUACAGACAACAGCUACUCUACACAAUGUGAGGGGACAACAGCUACUCUCCACAAUGUUCUACAGACAACAGCUACUCUACACAAUGUGAGGGGACAACAGCUACUCUACACAAUGUGAGGGGACAACAGCUACUCUACACAAUGUUCUACAGACAACAGCUACUCUACACAAUGUUCUACAGACAACAGCUACUCUUCACAAUGUUCUACAGACAACAGCUACUCUCCACAAUGUUCUACAGACAACAGCUACUCUACACAAUGUGAGGGGACAACAGCUACUCUACACAUUUUACAUUUACAUUUUAGUCAUUUAGCAGACGCUCUUAACCAGAGCGACUUACAGGAGCAAUUAGGGUUAAGUGCCUUGCUCAAGGGCACAUUAACGUCAUUUAGCAGACGCUCUUAGCCAGAGCGACUCACAAAUUGGUGCGUUCACCCUAUAGCCAGUGGGAUAACCACUUUACAAUUUGGGGGGGGGGGGGGGUUGGAAGGAAUACUUUAGCCUAUCCCAGGUAUUCCUUAAAGAGGUGGGGUUUCAAAUGUCUCCGGAAGGUGGUGAGUGACUCCGCUGUCCUGGCGUCGUGAGGGAGCUUGUUCCACCAUUGGGGUGCCAGAGCAGCGAACAGUUUUGACUGGGCUGAGCGGGAGCUGUGCUUCCGCAGAGGAAGGGGAGCCAGCAGGCCAGAGGUGGAUGAACGCAAUGUCCUCGUUUGGGUGUAGGGACUGAUCAGAGCCUGAAGGUACAGGGGUGCCGUUCCCCUCACUGCUCCAAAGGCAAGCACCAUGGUCUUGUAGCGGAUGCGAGCUUCAAUUGGAAGCCAGUGGAGUGUGCGGAGGAGGGGGGUGACGUGAGAGAACUUGGGAAGGUUGAACACCAGACGGGCUGCGGCUCCACAAUGUUCUGGCAUUCUACACAAUGUUCUACAGACAACAGCUACUCUCCACAACGUUCUACAGACAACAGCUACUCUCCACAAUGUUCUACAGACAACAGCUACUCUACACAAUGUGAGGGGACAACAGCUACUCUACACAAUGUUCUGCAGACAACAGCUACUCUCCACAAUGUUCUACAGACAACAGCUACGCUCCACAAUGUUCUGCAGACAACAGCUACUCUACACAAUGUUCUACAGACAACAGCUACUCUACACAAUGUUCUACAGACAACAGCUACUCUCCACAACGUUCUACAGACAACAGCUACUCUCCACAAUGUUCUACAGACAACAGCUACUCUACACAAUGUGAGGGGACAACAGCUACUCUACACAAUGUUCUGCAGACAACAGCUACUCUCCACAAUGUUCUACAGACAACAGCUACGCUCCACAAUGUUCUGCAGACAACAGCUACUCUACACAAUGUUCUACAGACAACAGCUACUCUACACAAUGUUCUACAGACAACAGCUACUCUACACAAUGUGAGGGGACAACAGCUACUCUCCACAAUGUUCUACAGACAACAGCUACUCUCCACAAUGUUCUACAGACAACAGCUACUCUCCACAAUGUUCUGCAGACAACAGCUACUCUACACAAUGUUCUACAGACAACAGCUACUCUACACAAUGUUCUACAGACAACAGCUACUAUCAUUUCAAUAG